AUGGAUGACAGUAGUAGUGAGGCUAGAGCUGGAAUUGAAAACGAUACUACUGUGAGGUCAAGAAGUCCCAGCGUAGAUUCGCAGUCAUAUGCGAUUCCGAUGCCCGAAGAGAUUGAAGAACAGCUAAGCGAAGAAUCAAGUUCGUUUGAUGAUUCUAAUUCUGUGGAAUCCAAUGAGGAUCAAAUCCUGGGUAGAGCUUUGCCAGAAAGUGGACAACAUGCGUUUUCUCAAGAUUCACAAGAGUUUGAGCCGAUGUUAGACGUUUCUAAACACAUAUUUGAUUCAUUGAUGCAGGCCAUCGAUUCAGCUGAUUUUUCUGAGGCCAUAUCAUUGCAGACCAAGACAUCAGCGGUGAUUAAUUCUAAGAGUACGGAAUUAAAGCAAUUGAUUGAUGAGACUAAAGUAAGAUUUAGUCAGUUUAAGGAAAGGUUUGAAAAAGGUUCACUAACCGCUAAGAAUAUUCGAGGCAAUUUACGUUACUCUAAGGAUAAAAUUGAAAAGAUUAACGCAUUGGUACGGACCAGUUAUCCAAUUGAGUUUAAUGAGGCAAGAGAAAAAAUACUAGAGCGUCCGUUAGAUGAUCAUUAA